AUGGAUAUCGAUUCUUUUAGCUGCGAUGAAGAUUUCUUUGACGAUUUCACCAAUUCAGCUCAUUUGUUUCAUGAUGAUGUGUUGAAAAGAGUUGUUUCAAUCAACUCUCCAAAAAAGCAAUUCAACAUUCUGAAUAAGUAUGCAAGCAGGUGCAGAAGAUUGAAUGGUGACAAUUUGAAUUUCUCAAUUUAUGAGAGAGAAGGUCAGGUGAUUUCCAGCCCAUCUGUUGAGACUUUGAUCCAUUUAGGUGCUGAGAAGUUCAUCAAAUCCUCCUCUAAAGUGAGUGAUGAGCUCUCUGUUCUUAGCCACCCUUAUCCGAGCUCGGUUUUGUGCCAAUCCGAGGAGGAUUGUGUUGGAGUUCGUCUCGUGCAGUGCUUGCUGUCAUGCGCGGAGAAGGUUGACAAGAAGGAGUACGAGGAGGCGUAUAAGCUCUUGCUCGAGUGUGAUAGAAUGAGCUCGAGUAGAGGCAGUGUGGUGGAGAGGCUAGUUUUCUAUUUCUCGGAAGGUUUGUAUGAGAGGAUUGAUAGGGAAAUGGGGCGAGUCACGCCUAAAGGGCUGGGGAAGAAGUUCGAGGAUCCUCUGGUGGCCGUGAGGAGCUCGGAUGAGACCAUGAUCGCCUUCCACAACGAGCUCCCUGUCUCUCAGAUCACCAAGUUUGCGGGGAUGCAAGCUGUGGUGGAUAAUGUAGGAGAGGCGAGGAAGGUGCAUUUCAUCGAUUUCGAGAUAAGGAAUGGUAUACAAUGCAUAAUCUUGAUGCAAGCUCUUGUGGAUAGGCGUGGGGAUCCUUUAGAUGGUCUGAGGAUUAGUGCUGUGUGUGUUGGUGGGGAGACGAGGGCGGGUGUUGAGGCGACUGGGAGGCGUCUGGCGAGCUUUGCAGGCUCGUUGGGGUUGUCGUUUUCGUUUGAGGUAGUUGUGGUGGAGGAUUUGUUGGAGCUUGAUGAGAAGAGUUUUUCUAGGGUGGAUGUUGACGAGGUUGUUGUUGUGUAUGCGGAAUACACGUUGAGUUACAUGAUUGGAGGGCCGGACCAGCUUCAUCACGUGAUGAAGGUGGCGAGAGGGCUUAGGUUUCGCGUGAUGGUGGUGGCGGAGGUGGAGGCGAAUUGCAACUCUCCGGUUUUUGUGGAGAGAUUUGUGGAAGCUAUGUUGUUUUAUGGUGCUUACUUCGAGUCCAUGGCGGGGUGCGUGAGGAGUGAGGAGCAUAGAUGCAUUGCUGAAGCCACGUGCUUUGGGUCGUCGAUAAGGAAUGUGGUGGCAGCCGAGGGGAGGGAGAGGAAGAUCCGGCAUGUGGGGAUAGGUGUUUGGAGGGCCUUUUUCGCGCGUUUUGGGUUUGAGGAGACGGAGUUGAGUAUGUCGUCAGUGUACCAGGCGAACCUCGUGGUGAAGAACUUCGCUUCUGGAAGCUUCUUCACCUUCGGUAUAGAUGGGAAGAGCUUGAUUAUUGGGUGGAAAGGGACACCAAUGAGUUCUAUCUCUGCUUGGAGGUUUGAUGUGCCUAGUGAUUCUAAUGCUUUGUAG